AUGGCAAUGUGUUCAAGCUUUUGCCCUCAUCUUCCUAACCACUUUGGAGGGAGACCUGCUUACUCAUUCCCAACAAAACCACUUUCAUUUCUUUCAAGGCUUUCACUUCUCAAGCAUCCAAUGCUUCAUCCAAAGAACCUCAUAAAAUCUGGGUAUGGAUUUUCAACAUUUGACGAUGUUCAUUCAUUCUUGUUCGAAUGGUGUGAUGUGACUGUUUGGAAUAGGACCAAGAGCAAAUGUGAUCCACUCAUCAGCUUAGGUGCAAAAUAUAAACUCUCUCCUGAGGAAGUCGCUGCAUCUUGUGAUGUCACAUUUGCCAUGCUUGCUGACCCUGAAAGUGCUGUUGAUGUUGCUUUGGGGAAGCAUGGAGCUGCGAAUGGGAUGAGUUCAGGAAAAGGGUAUGUGGAUGUUUCAACUGUUGAUGGUGCAACUUCAAAAUUGAUUAGUGGACAUAUCAAAUCUACUGGGGCAUCAUUUUUGGAGGCAAGCUGUGACAAAUCUCUCUAUGAAAUAGCAGCACCGCUUUUAGAUGUCAUGGGGAAGUCAAGAUUUUACCUUGGGGAUGUCGGAAAUGGUGCUGCUAUGAAACUUGUUGUGAACAUGAUCAUGGGAAGUAUGAUGGCAUCAUUUUCUGAAGGCUUGCUUCUCACUGAGAAAAUAGGACUGGACCCAAAAGUACUAGUUGAGGUCGUCUCGCAAGGAGCCAUUAGUGCACCAAUGUACUCAGUCAAGGGCCCAUCAAUGAUUCAGUCCCUCUAUCCUACUGCAUUUCCCUUGAAGCAUCAACAAAAGGACCUGAGGCUUGCUCUGGGAUUAGCAGAAUCUGUUUCCCAAUCCACGCCAAUCGCCGCGGCUGCAAAUGAACUAUACAAGGUAGCAAAAUCACAUGGGCUCAGCGACGAGGACUUUUCAGCUGUCAUCGAAGCGUUGAAACCAAAGUUGCAGCAAUAG